AUGGGAAAACCAGCAAUCAUUAAGCCUUGGAGUCCUAAAUUUGAUUUUGGUGCUGAGAUUUUGAGAACUAUUCCAUUAUGGGUUAAGUUCCCAAACUUACCUUUAAAUUGUUGGGGUCCUGAAACUCUUAGUCGUAUUGGUAGCUUUCUUGGUAUACCAAUUUGUUCUGAUGAAUGUACUACAAGACAACUAAAAGUUUCCUUUGCUAGAGUUCUCAUAGAAAUUGAUGUUACCAAGCCAUUGCCUAAAUCUGUAUUUGUGGAAAGCCCCUCGAAGGAAACUCUGGAACUUAAGGUAGUCUAUGAAUGGACUCCACCCUUUUGCUCUAAGUGCAAUAAAGUGGGCCAUGACUGUUCUGUCAAAGCUCUAGCAGCUCCAAAGCAAUCAAUGACUGCAGCUCCCAAGCAGUCAGUAAAUGCAGCUCCCAAGCAGUCAGUGACUGCAGCUCCCAAGCAGUCAGUGACUGCAACUCCUAAAUCAGUGCAGCAAGUAUGGGUUGCUAAGCCUACUACUCCUGUUGUUGAUGUUGAUGUUGAUGCUUCUAUUCAUGGUCAAUCUAUUAUCACUCCACAGGUUCAUACUUCUCAAAACUCAGAUGAGGGGUGGAGAAUAGUGGGAAGGAAUACAAAAAGUCAGCAAACUAGGGUUAAUCAGCCUGCUUCUACCUCUAAUGCUUUUGUUGCUUUAUUUGCAAAUGAAAUGGAUGGUGUAGGUGGUUUCACUAUAAAUCCAAGCGGGGGUGAGUUUAUACAUUGUAGUGUCCUUUCUAAGGAUCUUUCUACUCAAAUUCAUCUCACUGUUAUCUAUGGGCUUCAUUCUAUUCAUGAUAGGCUUCCUAUGUGGGAAGGGAUUAGGAACAUCUAUAUAAAGCAUUAUCCAUGGCUCUUUGCUGGUGAGUUUAACUCCGUUCUUCAUACUUCAGACAGGCUUCAUGGUACCGAUGUUACUGAUUAUGAGACUAGAGAUUUCCAGAGUUUGGUUGAUGAUUUGGACCUCAUUGAGGUCAAGAGCAAAGGAGCCUUCUACUCUUGGUCAAAUAAGGCUCACACUGGUCCUAGAAGUCUAUCUAAGAUUGAUAGAGCUUGGUGUUCUGGUGGUUCUGUCUGGCAAAAGCUUAAUUCUGUGAAGUCUAGUAUCAAGUCUCUUAAUAGCAAGCAGUUUGGCAAUAUUUCUGAGAUGAUUGAUCAAGCUAAUGUUGAGCUUGCUGGAAUUCAGAACUUAAUGGCUCAGAAUCCUGAUGAUUUGGAUUUAUAUGUAAAAGAAUCUGAUGCUAUUAAGAAUAGACAAGCAAGGAACAUAAUUGACUCCAUCUUUGACUCUAACCAAGUUUUUCUUAAGGAUCCGGAUGCUAUUUUUCAUGAGAUUAUUUCUUUCUAUAAGUCUCUUUUAGGGACUAAGGCUCCUUGGCUUCCUGUUGUUGAUCUUGUUACUAUUAGGAGAGGUAAACAGCUUAGCUCUAUUUCUCAGAGCUAUCUCAUUCAGCGUGUCUCUCAUGCUGAAAUUGUUGCUGCCCUUAAGGGAAUUGAUAGCACUAAAGCUCCUGGUAUUGAUAGCUUUAACUCCUUUUUCUUUAAGAGAGCUUGGCACAUUGUGAAAGAUGAUAUUUAUGCAAGUGGUAUUGAUUUCUUUACUAAAGGGACCUUGCCUAAGCAAUGGAAUUGCACCACUAUCACUCUUGUCAUAACUGCUAGACUUGCUGCUAUCAUUGGUAAGGUCAUUGAUGAUGCUCAAGCAGGUUUUAUUCCAGGCAAGCACAUUGGUGACAAUAUCCUUCUUGCAACUGAGUUGAUCAAAGUCUAUGAUCACAAAUUUAUUUCACCUAGAUGCAUGGUUAAGGUGGAUCUGAAGAAAGCCUAUGAUUCAGUUGAGUGGGGAUUCUUGAUUACUGUUAUGCAGGAGCUUGGUUUUCCUCAAAGGUUUAUUACCUGGAUCUUGACCUGUCUUACUUCUAUCUCUUAUUCUAUUCUUAUCAAUGGUUUCCCUGCCCCUUCCUUUGAAGCUAAGAAAGGUUUAAGGAAAGGUGAUCCUAUGUCUCCUUUUAUUUUUGCUAUAGGCAUGGAAUACCUUUCCAGAUGCCUUGAUGAGCUUAGGUUAACUCCUGAUUUUAACUUUCAUCCUAGAUGUGAAAAGUUAAACCUAACUCAUAUGAUGUUUGCUGAUGAUCUGUUGAUGUUUUCUAGAGCUGAUAGUGUUUCUGUCAAUCUUCUCUUCCAAGCUUUCUUAAAAUUUUCUGGUGCUUCUGGUCUUUCUGCUAAUCUUGAUAAAAGUGAAGUCUACUUUGGAGGAGUUUCUAUUGAUGUUCAGGCAGAACUUAAAGAUCUUCUUGGUGUUUCUCAAGGUUCUAUUCCUUUUAGAUAUCUUGGGAUCCCUCUCUCUUCUAAGAAGCUUAUAAUUGCUCAAUGUAGGCCUUUGGUGGAGAAAGUGACUGCUAGAAUUCAAGGGUGGAUGGCUAAACACUUGUCCUAUGCUAGGAGGCUCCAGUUGGUUAAGAGUGUGUUGUUUGUUUUUCUAACAUAUUGGUCUCAAAUCUUUAUCUUACCAAAGAAGAUUCUGAAAGAGAUAGAGGCUAGAUUCAGAUGCUUUCUUUGGACUGGCUCCUCUACUACUGCUAGGAAAUCUUUGGUUGCAUGGAAUUAUGUUUGUCUUCCUAAAGUCUGUGGUGGUUGGAACUUUCCUUUUCUCCCGGAGUGGAAUAAGGCACCUGUCACUAAGUUACUUUGGGAUAUUGCUCACAAGGCUGAUAAUCUUUGGAGAAAUGCAGUUUUGUUUACUGGUUGUUGCAAGCCUGUUGAUGUUCUAGUUAAGGAUAUUAUCUUUCAUUCAGCUUCUAGAAUCCUUGUUGUUGUUGCUGUUUUGAAGUAUGCAGCAGCUUGGGUUUCUGUUUGCUGCAGCCUGGUUUGCAUGGAGCUAUUCCUGUUCCGCAGCUGCUCUGUUCUAGCAGUCUGUUCUGAUGCAGCAACUGCUGUUCUGCAAGUCUGCUGCAGCUUAGGUGCUGGUUUUGUGUUGUUGUUUUGGCAGCUUGUGUUCUUGUCUGGUCUUGGCUCUCAGAACCCUUCCUAG